AUGAACCUAGUGGCAACUGACAAAAAAGAUGAGCCAAAAGAAAUAAAAACCAAUGAUGGGACUAAACCUGCCGGUGAUGAAGCAUCGAAGGAUGCAAAGACCCCGGAUAGUGUUAAUAGUGGACAAAAAGAUGGAACUGGUGACAAGUCAUCUACAAAUACAAAACCAGAAGACUCAACCAAACCAGCUGACAAAAAAGAUGAACCAAAAGAAACAAAGACCAAUGAUGAGACAAAACCUGCCGCUGAUGAAACAUCAAAGGAUGCAAAGACCGCGGGUGGUGCAAAAAGUGAAAAGGAAAAUGAAUCUAGUGCCAAAUCAUCUACAGAUACAAAACCAGAAGACUCAUCCAAACCAGCUGACAAAAAAGAUGAGCCAAAAGAAAUAAAAACCAAUGACGGGACAAAACCUGCCGGUGAUGAAGCAUCGAAGGAUGCAAAGACCGCAGGGGGUGCAAAUAGUGAAAAGAAAGACGAACCUAGUGACAAAUCAUCUACAGAUACAAAACCAGAAGACUCAUCCAAACCAGCUGACAAAAAAGAUGACUCAAAAGAAAUAAAAACCAAUGAUGGGACAAAACCUGCCGGUGAUGAAGCAUCGAAGGAUGCAAAGACCGCGGGUGGUGCAAAAAGUGAAAAGGAAAAUGAAUCUAGUGCCAAAUCAUCUACAGAUACAAAACCAGAAGACUCAUCCAAACCAGCUGACAAAAAAGAUGAGCCAAAAGAAAUAAAAACCAAUGAUGGGACAAAACCUGCCGGUGAUGAAGCAUCGAAGGAUGCAAAGACCGCAGGGGGUGCAAAUAGUGAAAAGAAAGACGAACCUAGUGACAAAUCAUCUACAGAUACAAAACCAGAAGACUCAUCCAAACCAGCUGACAAAAAAGAUGACUCAAAAGAAAUAAAAACCAAUGAUGGGACAAAACCUGCCGGUGAUGAAGCAUCGAAGGAUGCAAAGACCGCGGAGGAUGUUAAUAGUGGACAAAAAGAUGGAACUAGUGACAAGUCAUCUACAAAUACAAAACCAGAAGACUCAUCCAAACCAGCUGACAAAAACGAUGAGUCAAAAGAAAUAAAGCCCAAUGAUGAGACAAAACCUGCCGGUGAUGAAGCAUCGAAGGAUGCAAAGACCCCGGAUAGUGUUAAUAAUGGA